GUCCUCGCCGGCUCCGGGAGUGGGUGGGCCGGGCCCGGGGCAGGCCCACUGAGGCAGGAUGUUCACGUCCAAGUCCAACUCGGUGUCGCCCUCGCCGUCCCUGGAGCAGGCUGACUCGGACGCGCUGGACAUCAGCACCAAAGUGCAGCUCUACGGCGUGCUGUGGAAACGGCCCUUCGGGCGGCCGUCAGCCAAGUGGUCCCGGCGGUUUUUCAUCAUCAAAGAGAGCUUUCUUCUUUACUACUCUGAAAGUGAGAAAAAGAGCUUUGAAACCAAUAAAUACUUCAAUAUACAUCCUAAGGGCGUCAUCCCUCUGGGGGGCUGCCUGGUGGAGGCCAAGGAAGAGCCCAGCAUGCCCUAUGCCAUGAAAAUCUCCCACCAGGACUUUCAUGGGAACAUCUUGCUGGCAGCGGAGUCCGAGUUUGAGCAGACGCAGUGGCUGGAGAUGCUGCAGGAGUCGGGGAAGGUGACUUGGAAGAACGCCCAGCUGGGAGAAGCCAUGAUCAAAAGCCUGGAGGCCCAGGGACUGCAGUUGGCCAAGGAGAAGCAGGAGUAUUUAGACAAACUGAUGGAAGAGACCGAGGAACUCUGCCUGCAGAGGGAGCAGAGAGAGGAGCUUGAGCGCCUUAACCAAGUGCUGGAAGCUGAGAAGCAGCAGUUUGAGGAGGUGGUGCAGGAGCUGAGAAUGGAGCAGGAGCAGAUCAAGAGGGAGCUAGAACUGACUGCAAGAUGCCUCAAAGGUGUGGAGCAAGAGAAAAAGGAGCUGAGGCAUUUCACGGAGUCCUUGCAGCAGACGCUGGAGGAACUCUCCAUAGAGAAGAAGAAAACCCUGGAAAUGCUGGAGGAGAACGAGAGCCAACUGCAGACGCUGGCCAGUCAGAGCGCGCAGCCCCCUCCCAGGGGGGGGCUCCACAGCAACCUGAGGCAGAUCGAGGAGAAGAUGCAGCAGCUCCUGGAGGAGAAGCUCCUGGCAGAGAAGCGGAUGAAGGAGAACGAGGCGCGCUCUCAGGCCCUGGAGGAGGAGCGGGAGUUCUACUCCAGCCAGUCCCAGGCGCUGCAGAACUCGCUGCAGGAGCUCACGGCCCAGAAGCAGCAGGCCGAGCAGGAGCUCAAGGCUGAGGUGAAGGUCCGUAUGGACCUGGAGAGGCGUCUGCGGGAGGCCGAGGCGGCCUUGACGAGCCUGGAACAAGGGCUUAACUCCAAGGUGCGGAACAAGGAGAAGGAAGAGAGGAUGCGGGCUGACGUGAGCCAUCUGAAAAGGUUCUUCGAGGAGUGCAUCCGGAACGCGGAGCUGGAGGCCAAGAUGCCGGUCAUCAUGAAGAACUCCGUGUACAUCCACAAGGCGGCCACUCGCCGCAUCAAGAGCUGCCGUUUCCACCGGCGCCGGUCCAGCACCUCCUGGAAUGACAUGAAGCCGUCCCAGUCCAUCAUGACCUCCCAGCUGGAAGCCAACAACAUAGAGGAGCUGAAGGAGGUGGCCAAGCGGCUGAGCCGAGACCAGCGCUUCCGGGAAUCCAUCUACCACAUCAUGGUGACUCAGCCCGGACCGUCCUCAGCGCUUCCCCGGGGUGGAAAGUGAUGGGCUCUCCUCCCUGCCUCCCAAGUCUUUCCUGGGUGGGGGCUGGGAAGGGGCAGGAGGGGAGGC